GGGGCGCUGCAGGGAGCCGGUGUCCGGGCCUUGCCCCCCAGCUGGGGGCGGGGCCGGGGUGUCCGUGCCCCCCCACCCCGGUGUAUAUAGGCCGGGCCAAGGCAGCCGGCAACCGCUGCCGUGGGUAAAAUGGCCGCCGCUGUCGCGCGGGGCGUGUCGGUGCCGGAGCUGCCGCGGCUGCUGGCGCGGGACCCCUACCUGGCCCCCUUCGCGCCCGACUUCCAGCGCAGGUAUACCCUGUUUCAUGACCGAUUGAGGAACAUUGAAGAAAAUGAAGGCGGCCUUGAUAAAUUUUCAAAAAGUUACAAAACCUUUGGAGUCAAUCAACUUGUGGAUGGCGGACUAUAUUGCAAAGAGUGGGCUCCAGGGGCAGAAGGAGUGUUUCUUACUGGCGACUUCAAUGGCUGGAAUCCAUUUUCUCAUCCAUAUAAGAAAAUUGAUUAUGGGAAAUGGGAGUUGUUCAUCCCACCUGGACAAGAUGGAUUCUCUCCUGUGCCCCAUGGAUCAAAAUUAAAGGUGGUGAUCCGUAGUAAAAAUGGAGAGAUUCUCUACCGUAUUUCACCUUGGGCCAAAUAUGUAGCACGCUUAGAUAGAAAUGUGAAUUAUGAUUGGAUACACUGGGAACCACCACUGCCAUAUCUACGCAAACAUCCUCAACCAAAGAAACCAAAAAGCUUAAGAAUUUAUGAAUCUCACGUGGGAAUUGCUUCCCCAGAUGGGAAAGUUGCUUCUUAUAAAAACUUUACGUAUAACAUACUACCUAAAAUAAAGGAUCUUGGAUACAAUUGUGUUCAGCUGAUGGCUAUUAUGGAACAUGCUUACUAUGCCAGUUUUGGUUAUCAAAUCACAAGUUUUUUUGCAGCAUCAAGCCGUUAUGGAACCCCAGAUGAUCUGAAGGAAUUGAUUGACGUUGCCCACUCAUUGGGAAUUACUGUUCUAUUGGAUGUUGUACACAGCCAUGCAUCAAAUAACUCUGAGGAUGGUCUGAACAAAUUUGAUGGUACAGAUUCCUGCUUUUUCCAUUCCGGUCCUAGAGGAACGCAUAGUCUUUGGGACAGCAGACUUUUUGACUAUUCAAAUUGGGAAGUUCUGAGAUUCCUUCUCUCUAAUUUGAGAUGGUGGAUAGAAGAAUAUGGCUUUGAUGGCUUCCGGUUUGAUGGUGUUACAUCUAUGCUAUAUCACAAUCAUGGAAUUGGUACAGGCUUCAGUGGAGAUUACCAUGAAUAUUUUGGUCUACACGUGGAUGAAGAUGCCCUCAUUUAUCUAAUAAUGGCCAACCACAUGAUUCAUUUAUUUCAUCCAGAAUCCAUAACAGUAGCUGAGACUUCAGAACAUCAUGCUGUCAGGAACUUACCAGAGACUGCCCUGCACAUCUCAGCACAGGAAGUUUCUGGGAUGCCAGCUCUUUGUUGCCCUAUUGCCCAAGGAGGAGGUGGAUUUGAUUAUCGGCUGGCCAUGGCAAUUCCAGAUAAAUGGAUACAGAUAAUUAAAGAGUUGAAAGAUGAAGACUGGAAUAUGGGCAAUAUAGUGUACACGCUGACAAACAGGCGGUGUGAAGAGAAAUACAUUGCAUAUGCAGAGAGCCAUGAUCAGGCCCUUGUUGGUGAUAAGACGUUGGCAUUUCGGCUGAUGGAUGCAGAGAUGUAUACAAAUAUGAGUGUGCUUUCACCUCUGACUCCGGUUAUUGAUCGUGGAAUACAGCUUCAUAAAAUGAUUCGCCUCAUUACUCAUGCACUUGGAGGAGAGGGCUAUCUCAACUUCAUGGGGGGAGGGGAGGGAGUAAGGGACUAGGGAAAGGAAAGAAGAGGAACAGUGAAAGCUGUGUAGCAAUGCUGUCUUUGAUUAAAAGUUCCAAUAAAAAUAAAAGUUUGAAGAGCCCAUUAAGAAUCAACCAAAAGAAACUAUAGUGCUGCUGUGAUGUGCAUGCAGCUAUUAAAUUCAGGAAGUUUAAAUAGUGUACUAUGUACAGUGAAUGCCAGAAGAUGAAAAAUACAUAGACUCAAGGGAAGCAAAAAUGAGGUAAUCUGAAGUACAAGCCGAUAAGAUCUUUAACUUCUAUGAAUGCUUGCUUAACAUUGUAAGAGGCAGCAUGGAAAAACUUGCAUUUUUAAGCUCUUUAUUAUUUUGAGCCGCAGUGACAAAGUGUUAACACUAAUUAAGUGUAUUUUUUUCUUAUUUGUUCUGUGACCCAAGCUGCAAAAGCAAAUGUGUCCCUAAAACUAAAAGAAAUAUCAAUAUAACCCACAUAGAUUUGUCUUCUCUAAUUCACACAGUUCACUUCAGGAAUGAUGAGUCAAAGUCUGGAAUAAAAAUGACUUGGUUUAAACUUUAAUAUAAAUAGUAUGGUUAAAGCAAACAGAAUAUUUUAAUGAAGUAAAACUGGAGUAUUAAUUCUAACAGCCAUUUACUGUUGGCUCUCUUUCCACAGUGUGAAAAAUUGUACCCUGUAUUGACUUAUUCAAGAAAAUACUGUCCUCUACUUCAUUUUAUUCUUUUGUAAGCAUAAUUGGUCUGUGUUCUCCAUUAUAACCACUAAACUUUUGAAAUUUUAUAUCUGUUAAUUUUAUAUCUGUAGCUGUUGUAAAACAAAUCAUAUUAACUGUUCAAGAGUUCUCAAUUUUCAUUUUCCCCUCUUUUGUGAUACAACAAAUGAUUUAAAUUGGUUAUGCUGGUUUUGUCUGACACAGCUCAAAAGUGCAUGUGUGUGCUUAUGUAUUUAACAAAGCUCUAGAGAAACACAAAAAUCAAAUGUUUUUUUUUUUUUUUUAAGUGACUGGUCAGGAAGAGUUUAUAAAAAUAACUUCAUCUAAAAGUGCUGAAAUUGAAGACUUGGGGUUUGCUGAGUGUAUUUUGGAGUUUACACUUCUGUUUAAUGGGUGCAUAUAGUAUACCUAGUGUCAAGGUACCCCCCCCACACACACACACACACACUGAACUCUGAGGUACAGCUGUGGGCACCCACAUGAAAGACCUUGUAAGCUUAUAUUCUACCAGCUUAGGUUAAAACUUCUCCAAGGUACAAAUUCCUUUCCUUGUCCUUGGAUGGUAUAUUGCUGCCACCACCAAGUGAUUUACACAAACAUGCAGGGAAGGGGCACUUGGAAUCCCUAUCCCCCACCAAGCCCCUACACCCACUUUCCUGGGGAGGCUUGAGAAUAAAAUACCAACCAGUUGCCUUAGCAGUGUGAGCACAGACCAGACCCUUUGUCUUCAGGACACCAAAAUCAAUCAGGUUCUUAAAAGACAAACUUUUAUUAUAAAGAAAAAAGUAAAAGCAUCACACCUGCAAAGUCAGGGUGAAGGUAACUUUUACAGAGUAAUAAAAAGAUUUAAAACACAGAGUAUUUUCCUCUGGGCUCAGCUUCACAGUUACAAAAGCAGGAACGAAACUACCACUUUAGCAUAGGGAAAUUUACAAGCCAAAACAAGAGAGAACCUAAUGCAUUUCCUUGCCCCACUCACAGUUUCUGUGGUAUUAGAUGCAUUAUUCUAGGUAUAUUUUUCAGGAACUAUUGUACCUAAUUGGCUUCUCCCUCCAUCUGGAGAGGGAACAACACACAGAACAACAAAACAAAUCCUUCCUUCCAAGAUCUGAAAGUAUCUUCUUUCCUCAUUGGUUCUUCUGGUCAGGUGCCAAAUAGGUUAUUUGAAUUGCUUAACCCUUUACAGGUAAGGCAAUCCAGUACAGUUGCCAAGGAGGGAUUUUAUGCUACUGAAUGGGCUGGCAUACAUAAAGGUUGCUACCCUUCCCCCUACAUUCAUGACACCUAGCAAAAUACGCUUUGAGCUGCUGGGUAUAUUAAGUACCUAACUUCAUUCUGACAGGAAGGAUGAACUUCUGGUUAAAUAUGGAACAAGGAGUCAUGCUGUCUGAACUCUGUUCCAGGCUCUGUGACAAACUUUGUGUUCUGUUGAGCAAAUUACUUAAGUUGUUUGUGCCACAGUUGCUCUUCUCAAAAAUGACAUGGCUGCUUACCUCCAUACUGCUAUUGUGCACUUAAUUGCUUUCAGAUUCUUAGCUGGAAAGUUCUAUAGAAGUGCAAAUUAUUAUCAUGUCUGUUUAUUGAGACUUCACUGGAACCGACAUCUUUUAAAAAGUUGCCUGAAGUACAUGCUGGAGACUAGCAGAGAAGUGGUAGAACAAGACGGAUCUGUUUUGAAAUAAUUCCCAACCGUCUCCUCCCAUUUUUUUUCUCCCUCAACUCCCACCUAGAAUCUAAUUUCUAAGCGUAGUCAAAUAUCAAAAAUGUGGUGUUUCAGAACUGGAAGCACCAGUGCACCAGAGAAAAAUGCCUGGGCCAGAGCUUGUUAGUUUCAUUGCCUGGGGUACAUAAGAUAAUAUAUUUGCCUAAUAGACGAAUAGCAGCGAUACAGAUCUGUGACACUGUGAGUCUAUUCUACCACAUGUAAGAAAUAUGUGGAUAGAUUUGGGAGACCAACAAAAAUGAUACAGUAGAACCUCAGAAACACGAACACCUCGGGAAUGGAGGUUGUUUGUAACUCUGAACAAAACAUUUCUUCAAAAGUUUACAACUGAACAUUGACUUAAUACAGCUUUGAAACUUUACUAUGUAGAAGAAGAAUGCUGUUUUUAACCUUCUUAAUUGAAAUGAAACAAGCACAGAAACAGUUUCCUUACCUUGUGAAAUCUUUUUUGAUCUUUCCCUUUAUAUUUUUAGUAUUUUACAUUUAACAAAGUACCGUACUGUACAGUAUAUGCAUGGGGUUUUUUUUUGUUUUUUUGAGUCUCUGCUGCCUGAUUUAGUACUUCCAGUUCCAAUUAAGAUGUGUGGUUGACCAGUUGGUUCGUAAUGCUGGUGUCAUAACUCUGAGGUUCUACAGUAAAAGGUUUAGAAAACCUAGCCUAUGAGGAAAGGUUAAAAAAAACUGGGCUUGUUUAGUCUUGAGAAAAGAAGAGUGAGAAGGGACCUGAUAAGUCUUCAGAUCUGUUCGAGGCUGUUAUAAAGAGCACUGUGAUCAAUUGCUCUCCAUGUCUGCUGAAGGUAGGAUAAGAAGUAGUAGGCUUAAUAUGCAGCAAUGGAGAUCUAUUGGAUUGCCAUAUUGGAGGGGGAUGACGACACUGUAAUGGUAAUAAUGGGUAAGCACUCAAACAGGUUAGUAAGGAAGUUUGUGGAAUCCCUGUCAUUGAAGGUUUUUAAGAACAGGUGAAACAAGACCCUUUUAGUGUUGGAAGCAUCACAGAGUAUGGGUCAUGUUAUGUUUGGACAGGAUUGGCUAACACUUUUGCUAAGCUUUGGCCUAACUUUGCUUGCCAUUGUGCGUUACCUUGCUGACUUGACUUUGUGUAAACUUGCUCAAUGAUGCUUACAGCUGCUGUGUAGGACAGAGUUGAUAUUUUGACCACAGAAUGUAUCUAAAUUGGAAGAUAUUACAUAGAUAAGAGGAAGUUAUUAGUACCAUGGACAUUCAGAAUAUACUGCCAAAGAUGAUUAGGAGAAAACCAGAAAGUUCCUAUGCUGAGUAAGGAGUGUAUGGUCUGGUCAGCCUGCAAGAUCAAUGUGUGAUCAAGGGAAAUAAACCAAUUAGAAAAGAGAGCGAACUUUUGCUGUCUAUGCUAUUUUCGAGUUGUAUAAAUUGAAGUUUACUCAUGCACAUUGUAUGAGUUUUCUAUAAGACAUGUAGUGCUUAAUAUUGAUUGAAGAAAAGUUAUGGUUAUAUAAUUUGGAUAGGUAUAAAUAUGCCAGAAUGUAAGGGAGUAGUUGGAGUCUCGUAGGACAAAUCCAUCAUGACCUUGGUAACUCCUUACUCCUUCUGCUUACCUGUCAUUCAUGGCUUUUAUUGUCAUUGUAAUUACUUUGGGUUCAAAUGAAGGUUUGAAUUAAUAAACCUAAGUGUGUCAGCCCAAGUGUGUUAAACAUUGCCCAACAACAGGGAUGAUGUAGGUGUAUUUGGUCCUGUUUCAGGAUGGGGAAUGGACAGGAAGACUUCUCAAUGUCCCUUCCAGCCCUAAAUUUCUUUGAUUCUAUGUUGGAUCUUCAGUUAUUCUGUACAAGGAAUAUGGUGAGUUUAGCAAAGUGGGCUGAGAUUUUAAAAGCAGAAAAUAUUGUGACUUUUAUAUUAAAAAAUUGUCUCCAUAGUUUUCUCCCUACAUUAAAAAAACUGUCAUUGAAGUAAUCAGGCUGAUGUUAAGCUACAUUUGCCUACCUUGGUAGGAACACUAAUGUUCUUUUGUGAUGCCUACAAAGCACUACCAGUUGACAAUGGCAUGGUAGGCAUUCAACUUAGAUCUCUGCUUCAUGAUUACUUGCAUCUUUAGUCUUAUCCCCUUCUUCUCUCUGGCCCCCUUAAGCCUCCAUUUGUCAAUAUUUUUCUCUGUUUAAAGGAACUACCAUCCAACCUCUCUUAUCAUGCAGAAUUUUAUGUACCCUGGACUUGUAGGUUUUUUUAAAAUACAGUGUUAGCAACCCCAACCAUUCAAAAAUGAUUAUUUUUUGUGGCCUGAUUAAUAAGAGACUUAAAAACCAUAAGAUUUAAAAUAGGAUCUUUUUAUUUGUCUUUGGCCUUGAGCCUGUAGGGUGCACUCACUUCAUGUUUUCAGACUUUUCUUCACCAGCAUGAAGCUUAGAAACUUCCUUUUUUAUGAUAAAAUUUGAGAUUCUUGUGCAGUUACUUGAUUCCAGCAGUUUGGAUUUUAGGAGGAACGCCAGACUUCCUGAGACUCUCAGUAGUUUACAGAUACUUGCUUUACCCAAUUAGCCUUAAGUUCAAGCUUAGCCAUUGGACAAUUGAUUUCCUGUAGGAAUUGCUGUGUUUUCACUAUUUUAUGUUUUGUUGAUAUUUAGCAUUUUGCAUUUUUCUGAUCUUGAAACUGAAAAUUAAUUGAGUUUCAUAGUUGUUUAGUCAGUUUAACUUUCAUGUUCUCAGUGCUGUUUUGUAUGGAUUGUAAACAACACAGGGGAAUAUUUGUUUUAAAAUUAUGCUUGGAAUUUAGAAAAAAAAAAUUUCAAUUAUCUUUAAUAAGUUUACUUUUGCAAAAUCUCAGUUUGGUCCCAAAUUUGAGCCGCCUCAGUUUAAAAGGGAUGUAUUCUUGUGUCUACUGAUUCAGAAAUACAGUACAGAUAAUCUUCCAUCAUUUCACCAUACUUCUUUAUUGCCAGAAGUUACUGUUAUUAAGAUGAAAAGAUGAAACAGGAUUGUUUCUUUCCUCAAUGAACCAUUAAAUAUGUAAUAAUCUAGAAUAUCUAAUAAGGGUACACUUACUGUACUGCAGUUAACUUGAUUACUACAAAAUGCCUUGAAGUAUUAUUGGUUUAUAUAAUCUUGAAGUGCUUUUAAAUCUAUAUUUUAUCAACAGUAUAUUCUGAAACCGCUGUGAAAAAAAUGUUUUUCUUUGGAAUUUAUUUUAUUAUAUCUUUGAGGGGCUGAAGUGAGUCUUUUUAUCAAAUAUACAAAAUGGCUUUGUAUACUUUGUUAUAAAGGAUACUGUCUUAUUACUACUUUUGUUCACAAAUGUGCUUAAAUAUAUUAAAUUAAAAGCAUCUACCAAUAAUACAGCUACUACGGCCAUGUCCAUAUGUACAGCACUGCAGCAGCACAGCUGUACUGGUGAAGAGCAAGGGUUUAGCCCCAGAUUCCCCCACAGCCAAAGAGGAAUUCUGUGGCAGAGACUGGAACAAUGGCCCUGAUGUCCUCUCCUCAGUUUGGACCCUAAGACACUCCUUCCACUCCUGUCUAGCUUAAAAAUACACACACAAAUAACAGUAUUAUGGGUUUUUUUUGUUUUUACAAAUUGUCCGGUGUUUAAUGUGUUCUUGAAAGACCAUAUAGUUUGCAUAUAGUAUGUUCCUCCCUUACCCCUCAUUCUUUGUGAUGGAGGAUAAAAUUAAGAUUUAUUUUUCUCUUUUUCAUGUUUAUUCACACAGUUCUGGGAAUAAGUAACUUCCUGCAAAACAGCUACCUCCAGCAACAAUUUAGUUGAUGCAGAGUCAAAAAUUAUUCAAGGCUGGCUAUUCUGCAAUCUCCUGUAAGACCAGCAAUAUGUUUCUGUGGGUGGGGGAAGGAUGGGUUCAUUUUGGUCCUAUACUAGAGGUUUUUUUUUUUUAAAUAAGGAAUAUCAUGUACAAAGAAUGAAUAUAGAUAACAAUCAGCCUCUGCAGUCCAUCAGUACCAAUCUCGGCAAUAAAGAGCACCAAACAGAGCUGGACCCACCCAAUUAAUUGAGUGAGUGUCCCCCUGAACCAUGUGUCCUACUUGACUCUUUACUUGUGAAAGGAACUGUGUCGACUGAAGGAGGAGACUAGUUAUGUUCAGUCCUGAGAACUGGUCUCUUCCCCUCCUCUCCCCACCCAUUUUUCCCUUUUACACCACCUCUGUACCUACUUGAAAAUAUACACUCUGAUACCAUCCAGUAGAGAUACUCACUGAUAUUUGGCUAACCAAAAUUGACCUGUUGCUGGAACCCCACCAACAAAGUUACAGCAAGCCUUAGCAAGUAAGAGCAGUGUACCUCCAUAACUGCCUGUGUUCACUGGCCCCUUAUUGCCAUCAGCCUACUAAUAUCUGCUAACGCUCAACUGUGUGGGGACCUAUUAAGGGCUGUUAUAAGGAAGACUGUGAUCAAUUGUAUUCCAGGUAAAACAAGGAGCAGUGGACUUAAUCUGCAGCAGGGAAGAUUUAGAUUAGAUAUUAGGGGGAAAUUGUCUAAUUAUAAGGGUAGUUAAGCUCUAGAAUAGGUUUCCAAAAGAGGUUGUGGAUUCCCCAUCAUUUGACAUUUUUAAACAGGCUGAAGAAACACCUGUCAGGGAUUACCUAGAUAUACUUGAUCCUGGCACUGCGCAGGGGUUGGAUUGAUGACUUCUCAAGGUCCCUUCCAGCACUACAUUUGUAUGAUUCUAUGAGUUGUCCAGAAAGGGCUCAGCAGAUGCACAUCAGAAAGUAAAUAAACAGUCCUGUCCAGGCCAAAUUACUCACGAGAAAAAGUUCCUUCUUGAUUAUGCUUCUGCCAACUGCAAAGACACUGCUCUUUCAGAAGGAGGGGAGAAGUGAACUAAAUUUCCCCCCUUGAUCCCAAACAACUUAACGCAAACAAAUCUAGAGCAACCAGUACAACCGAAAAUGGGAAGAAGCCCUUCAGACAGUCUUCUGUGAAAGGCAAUGCAGAGCCAAAGAGAACUAACCUUCUCUUAUUCAUUCACUGGAACUGUAAUUGUGGGACAUGGCUGAGCAGCUGACAUGUUUACUACAUAAAAGAUCAUAUGCAAGUUCUAACAUGGAUUUGGACUUCUGGGUUUCUAAUAGUUGGGAGUUUUUUCAGCUCAAUGCUGUCAUUAAUUCCCUAAAUCAAUGUUACUUUAUAAGGUAGGUGAGACUGUUGGCCCUUCUUGGGUGGGUAUGUCUCGAUCUCUCCUGUUGGAGCACUUCCACUUUUUAUUAAUAACUAAAUAGUUUCAGAGCCAGAGAGUCCCUGAUUAACUCUCUAGUCCUGUGGUUAGGGCACUCAUCUGGGAUGUGGGAGACCUGGGUUUUGCUCCUUGCUCUGCCUGAUUCAGACCAGGGACUUGAACUUGGGUUUCCCACAAGACUGCUGUAACCACUAGACUAUAGAAAGUUGUGGGAUGGGAGCUUCUCUGAUUUUGACCAGAAAUCCAUCCGGGACCAGGGAAAUAUUCCUGAGAAAAGUUUUGUUGAAACCAAGCAGCACUAAAGAACCCACCUUUUUUCUUAGUGUGGACUCGUCCUAAAUUAAUUUGGUAAGCACAAACAGGAGAGGGGGAGUAUGAAGGGUUGGUGAAAGAAUGAAAAUAAAACCCAUCUGGCUCAUGAUUUUCUUUGUUCUUAUUUUGUGUGGAUUUUAUUUUAGUGAACAAGGCGGGUUGUUUGUUUGUUUUCCACCAGUUGGUGCUUGUUUGUGUGCGGCUCUUUACAAUGGCUGCCAACUUCUCAGAAUAUAAUGUUAAUAAUAGUUAGUUAAUAAUGGUGAUUAUAAACUCAACCCCUUCCUCCCCAACUGGGAAAAUUUUCACCUUUAAGUUGGCUAGAGUAGUCAGAUCAGUUAAUUCACAGAUGCAUGUGCGCACACACAAAAUUGCAUAAAGCUCACUUACUAUACAAAUAAUCGUUCCUUUCCUUUUCGCUUUCUAUAUUCUUCUUAUCCUUCUACAUUCAUCUUGAGUAGAUCUGGGUGAAAUUUCUCAACCAGAACUUUUUUCGCCAACUUACAGUUUUCGAGUGACAGCAAAACAUUUUGCAAAUAUAUGUCAGUUUUGCCAAAUCGUCCCUCUGGGUCAUGGUGGAAUCGAAAUGUUUCAUUUUGACAUUUUCUUAACAAAAUGCUUCAAUUAGAAAUGUCUUCAUUAGAAAUUACGUUUACUAAAAAAAAAAAAAAAAAAAAAAGCCUUUAAAAUGUUUGAAAUAUAAACAAAAUAUUUAGUGUUGGGUCAAACAAAAUGUUCUGUUUGACCCAAGAUGGU